AUGGCUGAUCCGAUUUCACUGGUGGCUGCGGGUGUGGGAAUCGGUGAUGUCGCAUUUCGGCUCAUCGACUAUCUCAAAGACAUCAAAGCAGCCGCCAAGACUAUGGAUGAAGACAUUGAAGGAUUGAUCAACGAGGUCGAAGGACUUCAAAAGGUUCAUGGUCACCUUGAGAAGGAAUAUCUCAAGAAUAUGACGAAUGCCGAAAUGGGAGACGAAGAGAGGAGCCUUUGGACAAGCACAGGACAAACUCUCAAGAACGGGCAGAAGCUUACAAAGAAGCUUGAAGAAUCGGUACAAUCUAUCUACGGCAAUCAUAAGCUAGUCACUGGAAGGUUGGAUGGUUGGGACAAAGCGCGUAAAAAGAGAAGCAAAGACAGCAUGAUCUCUGGACUUCGAGACCAAAUCAACACAUAUCAGGGAGCCUUGCAAAUGUUGCUUGGGUUCAUUUCCAUGCAGUCCACUCGUGAAAGUCACAAGGAUCAGAAUGCCCAGCUCGACAAACUGGUAGCUGAUUUCCAAGAACUGAAGAGUCGAAUGGAACAAGCGCAGCACACAUCGUUACCCUUAUAUGAAACCGUGACUACUACAACGGCCUAUCGCGAUUUCAACAUGGAAUCCGUGUCAGUCGUGAACCAGCUCGGUAUUGCAAUCGAUAAUAUUGCGCACAAUUCAGCCUCCGACGCCUCGGUGACCAACGAACAUUUUGAUAUUCCGAAGCCUGUCGACCCAUUUUAUACUGGUCGUGAAGACUACGCAAAACGCUUGCGCAGCUGGAUGUUACCGAGUCAUCCUCGGAAGCAACGCGGUACAUCGGCUGUCAAGGCAGAACAAAAACGUUUCAUUGUGUAUGGGCUUGGAGGCGCGGGGAAGACGCAGUUCUGCUCCAAGUUUGCUGAAGACAAUCGCCAAUACUUCUGGGGGGUCUUUUGGGUAGAUGGUAGCAGCCGGUCGCGGUUGAAACAGACCUUCUCUCAGAAUGUGUCAAAGAUUGGAAAAGUCGAUCUCAACGAAAAUGCUGCACUACAUUGGCUAUCAAACCUAAGUUCUCCUUGGCUUCUUAUCAUCGACAAUGCUGAUGACCCUGACCUCAAGCUUGCGGACUAUUUUCCACGGGGCAAUCGAGGUCACGUUCUCGUCACAACCCGCGACCCUGGGAAGAAGAUGUAUGGUACUGCUGGUGAUCGAUUUUUUGAAUUCCAAGGACUGAGUACCAGCGAUGCAAGUAGUCUACUGCUGAAAGCAGCCGGUCAGUCGGAACCAUGGGACACGGUCGUGUCCAGCAUUGCUUUAAAGAUCGCGAAAGCCCUUGGCUAUCUUGCAUUGGCCAUCACGCAUGCGGGUAGAGCCAUCCGCGAGGAGUAUUGUAAGUUGAGCGAGUAUCUACAAUACUAUGAGCGCCAAUGGGAAGCGACGAGACAAACCAGACUUCCAGUGAGAGACAAGGAUGCGGCCGACGAGUUGAGCGUCUUCUCAACUUUCGAGUUGAACCGAGAAGCUAUCGAGGACCGAGCGACACGAGCAUCUCGAGACGCCCUUCAGUUGCUUGACACAUUUGCAUUUCUUCACAACCAAGACAUUAGAUAUGACUUUUUGCAACGAUCUAUCGAGAAUGCCAAGGUUGAACAUAGGAAGGAAGUCGAGGAUAGAAUGAAUGAACGUCGAUCCAAGGCAGCCAAGCCCGCACCCGACUGGUCGACAUGGUGCAAAGAAACCGCGUUCCUAGUCCUUACCUACCUCUAUCAGAAUCGAAGCCCACCUGUUCUACCCAGUGUCAUCCGAGAUGGUCGUGAUGAGAAGGCGAUGAAUGAAGAUAGACUACGUGUAGCUUUACGGCAGUUGGUUCAAUUCUCACUCAUAAUAAAAGGUCACAACUCCGAAAGCUACUCUAUGCACCCCCUUGUACACAAAUGGGCGCGUGAGCGGCCUGGCAUGAGUAUUGCAGCGCAAGGAGUUUGGGCCGAAGCAGCUGCAAUGCUACUAUCACACUGCAUUCUGAUCCCACCGCUUGGCAAUACGGAAGAGGAGGAAGAAGUCCGAAAACAUAUCCUCCCCCAUGUCGAUCACGUACGCCAAUGUCAGCAAUCUAUAGAGCAACGCAUGAGGGACAAGCGCAUGGCACGGAUGAAACCAUGGCCGGUAUUCGAUGGCGGCUUUGAUAGGGGAAAAGCUAUAACAUAUGCUAAGUUCAGUCUGGUUUACAUGCAGAAUGGACGGUGGGAGGAGGCCAAACGACUCCAAACUGCAGUGAAAGAUUUCACGAGCCAAAUCCUAGGCAUGAAGCACCCUGUUACUCGUCGCGCCACCAGGCUACUGGCCAUGACCUUGUUUAACCUUGGCCAAAGUGAGGAUUCAGCUAAGCUGGAAAAAGAAGUCUUGGACGCUUGUGUGCUUUUCUUGGGCGUCGAUCACCAGGAGACACUGGUAGCGAAAUUCACUCUUGGAAAGGCGCUCUUCUUACAAGGCAAAUUUAGCCAGGCCAAAAUUCUCCAAGAAGAGGCGGUCGAGGGGCUCACUAGGCUGAUCGGUCUGGACCACGAAGAUACUCUCGAUGCAAUUGACUGGCUUGGCCAGACUUUACUCAUGUUCUACACCAAAGAACAUGUGACUCGUGCCCGUCAACUGUUUGUCACCGCAUCAGAAGGCAUGGAGAAGUUGCAUGGAGAUGAACAUACACGUACACUUGAAGCGCGGGAGCACCUUUGCAGUUCUGCCAUUCGGACGGGGGAGAAAAGCCAUUUGGAUGAAGCGCAUGCAAUGAUGAUAAAAAUUCUAGAGAUCCGAAAAGAAAAACUGGGCAAGGAGCAUGCUUACACACUACUUGCGAUGGUAAACCUCGCUCUCGUAAAAUGCGCGAUGGGCAUGCUACACGAGGCAGAAGUACUCCUCCUGUAUGGCUUACCUAUCGCUGCACGCAAUUUAGGCGAAGGCCACAUCGCCUAUCUCUGGGGCCGUUAUCACCUGGGCCGAGUGUGGGUGCUUCAGGAAAGAUGGGAGGAGGCGGUAACCUACCUACUUGAUGUCACAGAGAGACAGCGCUACACGUUACAAGGAAGAGGCGAGUUUCAUCCUGAUAGAAUUGGCGGCCUGAUUGAGCUAUCAACAGCAUACAACGCGCUGGGAAAAGUUGAAGAAUGCGAGAGGGUGACUGAGGAGGCUUUGGCUGCGUUGGCAAAGAUAUCGACAACUGAACACCCAGAGGCAAAGAAGUUAAAGGAAAACAGAGAUAUCUGGAGGCAGCGGAGAGCACAAAGUGUGGAGUGUCUGCCGCGCGCAGAUUCAGCACACAUCACCGAGGAGCGUGCCGGAACAAUUUCUGGAUCGAUAUAG